UGUGUGUGUGUGUGUGUGUGUGUGUGUGUGUGUGUGUGUGAGAGAGAGAGAGAGAGAGAGAGAGAGAGAGAGCGAGAGUGUGAGUGUGUGUGUACUCGGCUUCCUACUGCUGCUCGGUGUCCGCACACCGUCCGUCUCGUCAGUGUUGAUCGGCUCGCCAUGGCGGAAGGACGCAGAGAACAGCCCCAUCCUCUCCUCUCCUUACCACCGGCCAGCAAGCGACCCUGCCUGCGCCCUGCUCCCCGAGGUCCAGGUCCGGGGCCCGGCCACGGCAGCGGCUUGCCCAGCUCCCGGUAUCGUUCUCCGGAGUCCCUUCUGGACUGCGCCGCGAAGGCAGUAGCGGAGAAGUGGGCCUUCGAGAGGGUAGAGGAGCGUUUCGAGCGGAUCCCGGAGCCCGUCCAGCGCCGCAUCGUCUACUGGUCUUUUCCCCGCAACGAAAAGGAGAUAUGCAUGUACUCUUCGUUUCAGUGCCGGGUCGCCGGCGAGGAGGGUCCGUCGGCGGCUACCGGUGGGGCUGGGGGUGCGGGGUCCGGAGCUACAACCGCCGGCGGUGGCGGAGGAUCUACCGCCGGUACGACGGCUACCGUGGGGGCAGCCGGAGCAGUGGGAACGGGAGACGGACUGCCAUUUCGCCGGGGUAUCAGGCUGCUUGAGACCGGCUGUGUGGAAAACGUUUUACAAGUCGGGUUUCACCUCAGUGGCACAGUAACUGAACCUGCCACAUCAUCAGAGCCAGAGGUCACCCACAAGGUGGCCAUCAGCUUCGACCGAUGUAAGAUCACCUCCGUCACCUGUGGCUGUGGGAACAGAGACAUUUUCUAUUGCGCCCACGUGGUGGCGCUCUCUCUUUACCGGAUUCGCAAGCCUGAACAGGUAAAGUUGCGGUUGCCCAUCUCAGAGACGUUGUUCCAGAUGAACAGAGAUCAGCUGCAGAAGCUGGUCCAGUAUCUGAUCACAGCCCACCACACUGAGGUGCUGCCCACCGCUCAGAAACUGGCCGAUGAGAUCCUCUCCUCCAACUCUGAGAUCAACCAGGUCCAUGGUGCUCCGGACCCGACUGCAGGCGCCAGCAUUGACGAUGACAACUGCUGGCAUCUGGACGAGGAUCAAGUCAGGGAGCAGGUCAAACAGUUUCUGUCACAGGGAGGAUACUACGGCUCUGGGAAGCAACUCAACUCCAUGUUCGCUAAGGUGAGGGAGAUGCUACGAAUGCGAGACUCCAACGGCGCCCGAAUGCUGACGCUCAUAACGGAACAGUUUAUGGCAGACCCCCGGCUGUCGCUAUGGAGACAGCAGGGCACGGGGAUGACGGACAAGUGUCGGCAGCUCUGGGAUGAGCUAGGUGCAUUGUGGGUGUGCGUGGUGCUAAACCCCCACUGUAAAAGCGAGGAGAAGAGCAGCUGGCUGAGGCAGCUGAAGAAAUGGGGCGACAUGGAUGUCUGCCCGCUGGAGGACGGCAACUACGGCAGUGAGCUUCCAAACAUCACCAACGCUCUGCCGCAGAGCAACCUGGCACAGGGUCAGCACCGGCGCGCGCACACACCAAUACUGUACUCUCUGUCCAGGCCGAGGAGGACGGUGUUCAGUCGGGCAGUUGAGGCCUGUGACCUCCACUGGCAGGACAGCCACCUCCAGAGGAUCAUCAGCAGCGACCACUACAUGUCCCCAUCCUACCAGAGAGAGGGGGAGAGCCUGCUGUUCAACCCACAGGGCCUACCGCUUUGGCUAGACCACGUCCCGACAGCAUGCGCUCGCGUCGACGCCCUGCGUUCCCACGGUUACUCCAGGGAAGCCCUGCGAUUGGCCGUCGCCAUCAUCAACACGCUCCGCCUCCAACAGCAGAGACAAAUGGACAUCUACAAACACCAAAAGAAAGAGCUUCUCCAGAGGGGUGUGACUUCCACCACCAACCUGGAAGGCUGGGUGGGUCAUCCCUUAGACCCGAUUGGCUGUCUGUUCACCACACUCACUGAAACCUGCCGUGUGGACGACGACAACACCAUGGACACCGGAGAAGGUGACCCCAGGCCUCCGGUCUACCACCAUGUACCAGUAUGGGGCAGUCCUGAUGGAGGGGAGUCCUACCUGACUUUGGCCUUAGAGGUGGCUCUGAUGGGUAUGGGCCAGCAGAGGAUAAUGCCAGAGGGCCUAUAUGCUCAGGAUAAGGUGUGUCGUAAUGAGGAGCAGAUAGUUGUAAAACUUCAAGAACUGGAGCUGGAUGAUCUCCUGGUUCAGACUCUUCGGAAACAGGCCAUACAGCUACUAGAAGCUGGUCCGUUCAGUGGUCUAGGUGAGGUCAUCCACAGGGAGAGUGUUCCCAUGCACACCUUCGCCAAGUACCUCUUCUCUGCCUUGCUGCCACAUGACGCAGACCUGGCGUAUAAGUUGGCUCUCCGCGCCAUGAGGCUGCCGGUGCUGGAGUCCUCAGCAGGCUCCGGGGACGUGGGCCACCCUCAUCACGGCAUCUCCAUAGUUCCAAGUAGAUACCCGCGCUGGUUCACACUGGGACACCUGGAGUCCCAGCAGUGUGAGCUGGCCUCCACCAUGCUCACUGCUGCUAAAGGUGACAUGUUGAGGUUGCGGACGGUGCUGGAGGCAAUCCAGAAAAACAUCCACUCCUCUUCCUUAAUCUUUAAACUGGCCCAGGACGCCUUUAAGAUAGCCACACCCGCGGACAACCCGCCUGAUAUAACCCUGCUCAACGUGGCACUGGAGCUAGGACUGCAGGUGAUGAGGAUGACUCUGUCCACACUGAACUGGAGAAGGAGAGAGAUGGUUCGCUGGCUGGUAACCUGUGCCACUGAAGUCGGUCUGCGGGCAUUAGUGAGCAUCUUACAGAGCUGGUACACUCUCUUCACACCGACUGAGGCCACAAGCAUCGUGGCGGCCACCGUCAUGUCCCACAACACCAUCCUGCGCCUCAGCCUCGACUACCCCCAGCGCGAGGAACUUGCCAGCUGCGCCAGGACCCUGGCCCUGCAGUGCGCCAUGAAGGACCCUCAGAACUGCGCUCUGUCAGCUCUGACGCUCUGCGAGAAGGACCACAUCGCCUUCGAGACGGCCUACCAGAUCGUGAUUGACGCAGCGUCCACGGGUAUGACUUACUCCCAGCUGUUUACCAUCGCGAGGUACAUGGAACACAGAGGAUACCCGCUGCGGUCCUUCAAGUUGGCCUCCCUCGCCAUGACCCACCUUAACCUGGCUUACAACCAGGACACACACCCAGCUAUUAAUGACGUGCUCUGGGCGUGCGCGCUCAGCCACUCUCUGGGUAAAAAUGAGCUCGCAGCCAUUAUCCCCCUGGUGGUGAAGAGCGUGCAUUGUGCCACGGUGCUGUCCGACAUCCUGCGGCGGUGCACCAUGACGGCGCCGGGUCUCGCCGGCAUUCCCGGGAGAAGGAACUCUGGGAAGCUGAUGUCAACGGACAAGGCGCCGCUGCGGCAGCUCCUGGACGCCACGAUCUCGGCGUACAUUAACACCACGCACUCUCGACUGACACACAUCAGUCCGCGGCACUACGGAGAGUUCAUAGAAUUCCUGAGCAAAGCGCGGGAGACUUUCCUGCUGGCACAGGACGGCCACAUUCAGUUCGCCCAGUUCAUAGACAACCUGAAACAGAUCUACAAGGGCAAGAAGAAACUGAUGAUGUUGGUCAGGGAGCGCUUCGGCUGACCUUAACCCCCCCCUUCACAGGGACCCUCUUCUUGGGAAGUAGUUAAACUUAUUUGUUUCUAUUUAAGGUUUUUUUGGAUUUCUUGUAUUUUUACUUCUUAUGUUGAGCCAUUUGUUGACUAAGUCUUAAGUUUUUGUCCUGUUUUGUUGUUUUGUUUCUUGAAUGUGAACCAGGAAGUGUUCGCAGUGCAUUGCUCUACUUCAUUGAGACUGCAAAAGGGGGAAACGGCUUGAAAUGUCAAAGAAACAACAGCAAAAACAAAGCAUUUUUCUCCUCCAACUAAUGUUAACUCUAGUAUGAAAAAGUCAAAAGAUUGUGAUGGGGGAAAAAAGAGAAAAGAAACUUUUGUUUUUUGGUGGCACAUGACGAUUCAAAAACCAAAAGCUUUUGUUGGAUGGGGUACUUACUUUGAGCCAGAAGACACUUUCAGCUGGGGUUAAGAAGAAGAAGAAGAAGUGGUUUUCAAAGUAGAAGGAACGUGUCAUUCCAAAAGGAAUUGUAACCCACUGAGGUCAAAAACACACAUAGUGUUACUGUCAUACCUCGACUGUAUUAUUCAUCAGCUUUAAUCUCUCUAUCAGAAAUUGCCUCUUGUUUCAUUCAGGGCAUCUUAGAGUAGUGAGGGCAGAAUACAGAACUACACGUGUGGUCUCUCUGUAGAAUAAGUCAGUACCAACGGGUUUAUAAACUUGACUAAAGCCACUCUAGACUAUCUCCUACCCUAUACACCUGCUGGUCAGUGCUUUUCCUUAAGAUCUAUCUUUAGAGGAAGAACCAUGUUGCUUCACAGAGUGCAUGUUUUCCACUCCACAAGCCUGAGAGUGACGUCGUUCAGGCUGUUCUAGCUGAGGUAGAGUAGUUGAGGCUCCACGUGCACAUAUAUACAGUAUAUCUCGUAUGUCCUGCUAUAAGCUUUUUACCAGUGACAAUACACAACUGUGCUGAAUGGAGGGGUCACAGUAUUCCCAGAAAUACCACUGCACUGCUGUACAGCUAUUUGUGGCCAAAACCAUUUAAACCUAUAAGACUCCAGUGCUCACCCUGUCACUCACUAGAUCCACAUUUAGUCAAUAAGCAAUAUAAGUCAACUCUGCGCUUCAUUUUUAUCACCUGGCGGCAUUAAUUUCACCUUCUUGUAUUCUGUUAGGAAGCUUUGGAACCUACUGGGACCUUUUUUGAUGUCAGUGACUGUUAGUUGUUAACUCUGCCUGUAGCUAAAGUCCCUUUUCCAUCUCAAGAACGCAGAAACUUUUCGUUUGUUUCUUUGUUUCCCCAAACCUUUUCACAUACCCAGAACAUCACAACAUUUUAGGAGCAGAAAUCUGGUUUCUAACCCUGACCCCUACUUAUUACUUAGUACUUAUUACCAAUUGCUGUGAGGUAUUUUAUAACAGCCAGAAUGACCUAAAAUGACAUUAGCAGCAAGAGGUAAUAACUGCUUAACAACUGAACAAUCUUGGACUGAUAGUAAGGUAGAAGCCCUACCUUGAAUAUCUUUUCAGAUCAAGAGAUUUAGCUAUUUGAGUUCAUUGCGUUCCUACCACUGAUUAUGUGUAAUGUGUCAUCAUCCAACUCUGCUGUUCCUCAGCUCUAUGAAGCUUUUUUAGGAUCUUUUAGCAAUUUUUUAUGAUUUCCCACUCCUUAUCCUCAUUUCCAACCACAGCAGGUAGCGGUUGUCGGCUGCUGUGCACUGGCUGCCUAGCAACAGACAGCAGACAAAGUUAGCAUCUAGCUGGACAUAGUGGAGCAUUUAGCUGCUACCGUGCUGCUAGUGACCAUGGACUUGGAUUUGUUAGGAGGCCAAAAACCCCAAAUGAAUGCUAAUGCUCCGUCUCUGCUAGACGUGUACGCUAGCAACUGUUUGCUAACAUGUUAGCUGUAGCGACUUUGUGUGAUAAAGUCCGAGUUCCUAGCUCGUUCCACUAUCCAAAGUUUCCAAAAAAAUGAUCAAUGAAUGGUGUAAGUAGUUAAGUAGUAUUUGGACAAAAAGGCUAAUGUUUAAAAUGGUAAAAACUAUAGUAAUUGCUAUAAUCUAGUCCCCAGCAUGGCUCAAAGACAAAUGACCAUGUUUCUAAAUGGAAAUCCCUCCACUUCCUUGGUCUUGUGAAGGAAAAGGGUCUAUAGUUACUGGAGCGACUCGCCUGUGAAUGCUACUGGUUGUGAUCGUUGUGGCCUUGUCUUCCUCAAAGGGUUGAGACACAGUGCAAACACAAAAAAUACUGUAUGUUUUAUGACUUGAUGACUUCAUCCUACAUAUUUGAGACCACAUGCCUUGGCACAGGAAGUAGUUUUUUUUCUUCUCUCCCCCUUGUCUUACCCAGUGGCAAAGUGUUGUUAAUGGCAGUAUACAGUACAGCAAGAGCUUGAAUCUUUACUGGUUGGACUAAACGUCAUCGUACAAGCACUUCACACAAAUACCUCUUCAGUACGUUCCUGCCUGCUUCAGCAUUUAUUUAUUGAUUGUUUGGAAACUUCGUAUGACUGAGUAGGAAUCGCAGACACACAAACAGAACGCAGCGAAUGAGUCCGCCCGUCGAUGGCAGGACAGUUAAAGACAAAAAGGGUUUUUGAAUGGAGGAACAUUUUCUUGUCUGCUUUUACAUUCCAUGAGAGCUACCUUCACCCAGUACCCGGGUAGUCAGUCACAACUCUGGGCCUUUUUUGAUCCGAAGAAACGCAGAUAGAAGAAUGACGACAAAAAAAAAGGAAAACUGAGCAAAAGAAAGAAGAGAGGCUAAACUCAGUUCUCAGGGACAUCACUUAAAGAAACAAAACAAAAAGUAGUAGCAUUAAGCAUUUAAGAUAUUGUAAAUAUUAAAGUGUCAAUUCAGAAAAUUGUAAAGUUAUAAUUAUUUAUGAUAAGUAUGUUAUGUGUUUGGUUUUUUCCCCUUAUUUUUAUGUUUUUAUUUUGGCGGGGGUGUACUUGAACUGUUUUGGACGGGGAAUUUGACAGCGUUUUUUGUAAGAGCAAAGACUUCAAGGCAUUUCUCAGGUGCUCCUGUGUACAUUUCUUUCUGUUUGUUUUUGCUAUAAUAACUAUUAUUAUUUGUAUUUUUUUUUAAAUUUUUUGAUUUGCAAAGAAAAAAAAGAAUCUGUGUUCCAAAAGGAAGCAUGUCAUUCAGAGUCGAGGAGAAUGAGGAAGGCAUUCAUUUGUAAACAGAUACGUACUAAACCUGACUAUGCAGAACCACUUCGAUGGUCUUGUCACCUCUUAAAGACCCCCCCCUCCCCUCUGAAAACUUAAGUGUGGAAGAGACACAGUGGCCUGAACCACUAUUAAAGAGGGGGAGGGGGGGCAAAGGCAAGGCCCAGCAUGCUUGUGUUUGGACAAUGCGCAGUAGCCAGCCUGCAUCCGCUGCAACAUUUAGAGGAGAUUAAAAAAAAAUGAAAAUGGUGGGAAAUGCCUUUCUGACCGAUCAAUGUACAAAGUUUAUUUUUUCUUUACUUCUUUGUUGGUUUUAUUUAAUCAGGACUCAAGCCUUUAGUGUCUUCUCAGAGGUGUCGAGUCGGGUGGCGGCACUGCAGUGAGACAGAACAAUACACAAAUGUCAGAGAGUCUGAAACAGCAACUGUAUGAACAAAAGAGACGGCCUGUGGAUGACCUUGUGUUCAUUCCUCGUUGGAACUUGUUUUGGGCUUUUUUUUUUUUUAUUGCUUUCUCAACUCCCUCCAGCCUACAACGCUGGCUGAGUUCACCUCUUCUGUCUCAUUACCAUAGUUUCUUUUUCUAAUCUUCAGUUGCUCAUCACCUCACUCCCCCUCACACAAGGAGGAUUUUGGUUUCAAGCAAUGCAGCGAUGUGUCAGUGACCAGCUUUCAGUGCAGCCGCUUCCUCUGCUGUCUUACCUUAAAGCGCUCGAGACACCAGUGCACUGCAGCGGCUUUGUGUCUGCACAAAGUCAACUCCCGACAAAAACUGUAUUUUCAUCUGCUGUUGCUGCAGGUUUCUACAGAACGAGGAUAAAAAGAGGUUUAACUACUAUUUCUUGGCUGCUACGUUAACAUGAUGGGUGAAAGAGAGGUGUUGUUUUACCACUUGCUUAAAAUGGAAGCUGCCUUUAUGUGAUGCAUUAACUGACAGCGUUACAACAAAGACGUCCCUCCCUCUAGCUUGUUUUUCAGUCCGUGUUAACUGUAUCAGCCAGUUUCUUGAGGUUUUCUUAUUUUCCCCCUUUCUUUCUUUCAAUAGGAGAGUACUAUUUGCUGGUAGAGAUCUAGUUCACCUACUGUUUCCCAGUUUGUUUUGUUUUGGAUUCUCUCUAACUCUAAGGGAAAAUUGAAAGUGUUUGUUGCCUCUUUGUGCUACUGAUUAUGAAAAGGUAUUUCCAGUAUUUGUUGCCACAGAAGUAUGAUAGCUUAUCAUCAACACUUGUUUUUUUGUUUUUUUUAAUUUGUAAUUUUUUGUGCAACUUCUUGAGCUACUGUCUAUAAAGCGAGAAUUUAUUACUAUUUAUGUAACGCUACUACCAUUUUAUAUUGAUUUGUGUUGGAAUCUCAGUGCUUUUCUAUGAAUAAAGUGUGAAACACGUUACAA